UCAGGACUGGAGAUUGACCUGGUUAACCACUAGCUAUGUUCUUGUGAGCUUGUGGGGAGCCCCUGCUGCUCCGGCGCGGGGGCCGUGUUAUCGGGACACAUGUGGCAUUGGGUGUUCAGUAGUUUCUCAACUUCGUGCCAGGAAAAGAUGUGCCCUGAGACACAUUCACUUUGGUCAUUUCCAGCUCUCUGUAGAGAACCAGGGGGCUGAUGGCUGGGGCUGCCCCGAGACAUGGCUUCUGCCUGUCAACUGUGGAGGUGUUCUCAUGUUUCUUUUGCAGUGUUGGGGAUGAAACCCUGAGUCUCACACACAAUCCAGGUGCGGUGGACUUGGAGAAAGUGGCCAAUGUGAUCGUGGAUCACUCUCUGCAGGACUGUGUGUUCAGCAAGGAAGCAGGCCGCAUGUGCUACGCCAUCAUCCAGGCAGAGAGUAAACAAGCAGGCCAGAGUGUCUUCCGCCGUGGACUCCUCAACCGGCUGCAGCAGGAGUACCAGGCCCGGGAGCAGCUGCGAGCGCGCUCCCUACAGGGCUGGGUCUGCUAUGUCACCUUUAUCUGCAACAUCUUUGACUACCUGAGGGUGAGCAACAUGCCUAUGAUGGCCCUCGUGAACCCUGUGUAUGACUGCCUCUUCCGGCUAGCCCAGCCCGACAGUCUGAGCAACGAGGAGGAGGUAGACUGCUUGGUUCUGCAGCUGCACCGGGUCGGGGAGCAGCUGGAGAAGAUGAACGGGCAGCGCAUGGAUGACCUCUUUUUCUUGAUCCGGGAUGGCUUCCUCCUCCAAACCAGUCUCAGCUCCCUGUCCCAUCUGCUACUGCUGGAGAUCGUUGAGUUCCGGGCAGCUGGCUGGAAGACCACACCUGCUGCCCACAAGUAUUACUACAGUGAGGUGACUGACUAGGCUUGGCCACUCACUGGCCAUUCUGUAACGCUAAUCCACAGUUGGUAACAGAGUGCCUGCCUCUCCACGGUCCCUUCUCAACCGUCCCUCCUCCCUACUUAACCGGUGGUCCUGCCUCCUUUCCUUCCUCCCCUAAGGGCCUGGAAGACACCAUGCAGUCCUGCUGCACUGCCCCUUCCUCCCGCUUUCCACGUGGGCAACUCCCAACCAGAGCCAUGUAGCCACUGGUACAACACUACCACGGUGCCUCAGUUUCCCCAUCUACAAAAUGGGUUACCACAGCCAUCGGGUACUUUAGGACAUCGAGGAGCAGCGACCAAACACCAGUCAGGACAGAAACUGCAUUUGAUACACUUUUGUACAAUGACUGCGGUGGAGACAAGCCCCAGCCAGUCAGCUGUAAUGAAAUGGCCACUCAUCAGGUCAGGCCGAGCAUUUUCUAAUAAAUCUUUUCUCAUA